AGUAAAUGCUUCAAAUGUAAACAACUAGAUGAACUCAAUGGGAAACCCAAAUAACUACGUCACUAUUUGGCAUCAACUAUAGAGUUCUCCAGGUGCGUUUGUAUUAGUGCAAUGUUUACGAUUUAUUUUUUGUUAGCUGUAAGAAUUUUUUGUCACCUGUGAGAACUGUCAUCUGAAAGUGAGCAUAAAAAACUACCGAGUUUGAUAUACACUCUCACAAAUUUCAAUAUACAGUGUAAAGCGGGCCGUGUCGUAGUGUUUGUGUGUUUUCGCUUGGAGAACUCUAUGGGCAGAGGGGGAUGAGCAGAAGGGCGCGUGUAAGUGUUACUUUCUGUCAAAAUUUCAUUCACAGAGGUACGGUGGAGACAUCUACGAUUAGUUUGUAUCUGAGUGCAAAAGUAUAAACAAAGGCAACUGCUUUUAAAGUGUUUUUUCGAGUGAGAAAAAAAAAACAUUAUUCGAGAGUAGUUAACACAACAAAAUUAGUGAAAAACAUCGAUAAUUCAUUAGUGAAUCUUUUCUCCAUUUGAGUUUGUUUUUUAAAGUGUUUUUCGUACCACAUUAUUACUUUCAAAAGUGCAGUUUUUUUGGUAAACAUUGAGACAACAUGGAGCAUAACAAUGCCGAGCAGUCCAGUUGCGAAUGCAUUUGUCCUUCCCCGCAUCAGAAAAAAAGCAGAAUGGUAUGUGUUGUUCCGGGGUGCAACCAACGUUACGCUGCUGGUAUCUCGUUCCAUACGCUUCCCGAACGGCGUGACAAAGGACGCUGGAAAGCUUGGGUUCAAGCACUUCGUUUGAAAAAAGAACCGGCUCCAACGGCAAGAGUUUGCAGCAGUCAUUUCAGCAUCCAAAAUUUUAUCAGUCCAACUGUAAGCCGUGAAACCGGUAGGAUGAUUUUAAGAAGAUCAGCUAUUCCAGAUGAAAAUCUUCCACAGCCAAAACGCGACUCGAAGCUAAUAGCACUAGCGACGGCUCGAUCUAAAAGAGUUAGACGACGGGAAAACUCAAAAGUUGUACCAGAGUUAGAGCAGGCAGAACAGAUGGAAGCAGAUAUCGAUUCAUCUGUGCCUUCUAUUGUAACUGCUGAAGCUGCCGUUCAAGUAAAUACUUCGGAAAUGGAAAAAGUAUUCGCCGGUCGUCGCCGUACCAUGGCAGUGCAAUUUAAAACGGAUGCAGAUCUCACCGCAUGGACUGGACUGAAUUCAUUUAGUUUAUUGCUAACAAUAAAAUCUUCCAUCGAAUCUCUCGAGCAGUACGUUGAAAGAAAGCAUUCUAACCUUUCGCUGGAGGAACAAAUAUUGAUAGUGUUUAUCAAAAUAAGAACAAAUUUGUCAUUUUCAUGCAUGGCAGCACUUUUUAAGGUUCAUUAUCAAACGAUCUCAAUCGCGUUUUAUUGGACAAUACCAUGGAUCAGGGCAGUUUGUGAACCACUAAUCUUCUGGCCAACACAGGCACAGAUGAAACAAAAUAUACCCCGAUAUUUUCGUAACCGUUACGAGGACGUGAUUGCAGUGCUUGAUUGUACCGAAAUUGCCAUCAAGAAACCUAAGUGUCUGCAUUGUCGAAUAAACGCAUAUUCUCAUUACAAAGGACGGGAAACAGCAAAGUACCUAAUUGCCGUGACGCCUGGUGGAACAAUAUCCUUUGUCAGCUGUGGAUAUGGUGGCAAAGUUUUUGACAAACAGAUCGUUGCACAAGAAAAGCUACUGGAUAAAUUCAAUGUAGGUGAAGCGGUGAUGACCGAUAAAGGUUUUUUGAUUGACGAAGAAUGUCGAUGCAAAGGAAUUAAAUUAGUCAGGCCGCCCUUCUUACAUGCUCCUCAAACCCAGCUUAGUUCGGCAGACGCAACUGAAAAUGUGUCAAUCGCAGCAGCUAGAGUCCACGUCGAGAGAGCUAUACAACGAGUUAAGUUGUUUGGUCUUCUUGGUGACAAAGUCGGCACUUACUUCUUACCAGUUUUGGAUGAUAUUGUAUUUAUCUGCUGCGCAAAAACAAAUGUAUCGAAACCUAUAUUAGCGAAUGAAAGGUUCUAGGCACAUGCCGGUGACACGGAAAUUGCAGUACACAAAAAUUUCAAAAAUGCGUUAAAGUACACUUCCUUUAGUGAUCCAAGAAUUUUUCGCAAAUAAUUCUCAUCAUACAUUAUUGUUUGUACAGAGCAUUUGUCUUCAAAUUCUGAAUAAAUAAUAAAAUCAGUGGUCUUACAUUUUAA